UGCCCGCCCUUUCCGGCGUUACUAUCCUCCGCUUCCGGUUUGUCCGCGGCCGCUCUCUGUGUGAAAGUGACUUUGAGGCCGACGCUCGACUGUCGCCGCUGCGGAAACAAGAUGGCCGAAACCAUUCGGGAGAAACUGGAAAACUACAAAACAGCUCCCUUUGAUAGCAGGUUCCCCAACCAAAACCAAACACGCAAUUGCUGGCAGAACUACCUUGAUUACCAUCGCUGUGAGAAAGCCAUGGCAGCCAAGGGAGGAGAUCCUUACGUUUGUCAGUGGUACAAAAGGGUGUACACGUCCCUCUGCCCAGUUUCUUGGGUCGCUACCUGGGACGAACGCAUAGAACAGGGGACUUUCCAAGGCAAGAUCUGAUGGUCUCGUGCCUGCCCAACCGCUCUCCUCCUCAGGAUGUCGCAGCACCGCUGAGUCCCCUCUGUGGGGUGACUCUGGAGGAUUGUCUGAAGUACAUCCCCUUUCUGGCUCCUGUCUGUCUUGAAAGUCCAAAAUCAUGUUGUGGCACAGAGUCUUGGACCUUGCAAAUUCUCAUUAAAGGGAUGAAACCUGU